AUGCAGAACGACCGUCUCUUCUCGUACUACAAAGCACAGAAGAUCGUACCGGAUGAGGAGUGGGACCAGCUCGUCGAUGCGUUGCGCCAACCUCUCCCAACGACGUUUCGUGUUGCUGGAAGUCGACAGACGGCCAAUACGCUUAACAACACCAUCAAGAACGUCCACGUUCCGAGCCUGGGUGACGUAGAGUUCGAGGGCCAGAAGAUCCCACCGCCAGUCCAGAUUCCUUGGUAUCCAGAUGGGCUCGCAUGGCAAUUCAACGUCCCGAAGAAGGUUCUCAGGAAGCAGCCAGAGUUCAAGAAGUUUCAUUCGUUCCUUGUAUUCGAAACUGAAGUCGGAAACAUUUCACGACAAGAAGGCGUCAGCAUGCUGCCACCCCUCUUUCUCGAAGUUGAGCCUCACCACAAUGCUAUGGACAUGUGUGCCGCACCGGGAUCGAAGACAGCGCAAAUCCUGGAAGCUAUCCACGCUCACGAUACAAUCACGUCCAGUUCAAUACCCUCAGGGCUUUUGCUCGCCAACGACAGUGACAACAAGCGCACCCAUCUUCUCAUCCACCAAUCCGCCCGCCUUCCGAGUCCAGCACUUAUGGUCACCAACCUAGAUGCAUCAAACUACCCCACUAUCAAGAUACCCGUGACGAGAGGGAAAGAAACUCAGUUGGCGCCGUUGCUGUUUGAUAGGAUUUUAUGCGAUGUGCCAUGUAGUGGUGAUGGGACGAUAAGGAAGAAUAUGGGUAUCUGGAAGUCGUGGCAGCCAAUGGAUGGAAAUGGUCUGCACAGUUUGCAGGUCCGUAUCCUCAUUCGCGCCAUGAAAUUGCUGCGGAAUAAUGGGCGCAUUGUCUAUUCAACAUGUUCCCUCAAUCCCGUGGAGAACGAGGCUGUCAUUGCUGAGGCUCUGAUUGCCAACCAAGACUUCGAAUUAGUCAACGUUUCCUCAAAGCUUCCUGAGCUCAAACGUAGACCAGGUCUAACGACAUGGCAACCCACCACCGAUCGCACGUGUGCCAAAACUUUUGAGUCAUACGAGGAGUUUAUGGCUUCAUCGGUCGACGAUGUCGUGAAGGCGAAGAUGACAGAAGGGCAUUGGCCCCCAAAAGACGUUGAGGCGUUGAACCUCUCUCUUUGCAUGAGAAUAUACCCCCACCUACAAGACUCUGGAGGAUUCUUCGUCGCCAUCUUGCAAAAAAAGAAGAGCUCCAACGCUAAAUCACAACCAGAUCGGAAGCGAGAAGCUGAGGAAGGCGCUACUGAACUUCCAGACUCCAAGAAACCCAGACUAUCGGAAGACAUAGUCGCAAAGGAGGAAGAGGAUCCCAUUGCCUUUGAAACGACAUCCGAGGUCGAGGCCGGAAUUGACGAGGCCGCUGAAGGGAUCACAGAGGAGCCAAUGGCUGAACCAAUCCCCGAGUCUGAGAAGCCCACACUGCCAGCAGCCCGCCCCCAGAAAAAGAAGGCACUGGAACGCGGAGAGGGCGGUUUCAAAGAGAAUCCAUACACAUUCCUGUCUCCAGACGACCCCAUCUUGCUCUCCUGCAUCGAGCGACUACACAUCAAUUCCUCCUUCCCCUCAGCCAACGUACUAGUGCGGAACCCAGAGGGCGAGGCAGCGCGUGUGCUAUAUCUGGCGAACGACAUCGUGAAGACGAUCAUCCAGAACAACAACUACGAGCGUAUCCGACUGACGUCGGCCGGAACCAAGGUGUUUGCAAAGCAGGAGGCAGGCAAGGGUUCCGAGGCACAGUUCAGGGUGCUGGGUGAGGGCCUUCCGGUAAUCCUGCCUUACGUGGAUGAGACGACGAUCAUUGAAGGAGAUAUGGAGAGUUUGAAAAUAUUAGUUGAGACGUACUACCCGCUUUGCGACAAGUUCCCGGAGAAGUUCAGGAAGACGGUCGAGGAGCGGGUUGCUGGAAGUCAUAUUGUCCAUUUCCCUCAAGGAACAACUGAGAUCGCGAGCUUGACCCAUGAUCUUGUCCUUCCUAUAUGGAAAUCGAAUGUCUCCCUGACUCUCAUGAUCGACAAAAAGGCCAAAAGUGCAUUGAGCCUACGUCUCUUUGGUGCUGACAUUACCACCGCUGGAAAAGAGGCACGCUCUGAGGCUAUUAAAAAGGCUGAACUUAAAGAGGUGGAAUGA